AACACGAUUUUUUUAUUUUCUACAAUUACUAACCUCAAAACCAAAUAAUAAAUUGAUGCCCUAACAAAAACAAUGGGUGUUCGUGGUUUGACUACAUAUGUAAACAAUAAUCAAGAUGUGUUCAUGAAAAAAUAUUAUUUACACGAUACUAAUUUAAUUAUAGACGGCCAUAGUUUAUGUGCCCAAUUAUAUAGAUUGCUAAACAGUUUCUCAGCGUUUGGCGGCGAAUACGAUAAAUUCGCAUCAUCUGUUAAAACAUUCUUUAAAAACUUACGCAAAUGCAACGUAAAACCAUAUGUUAUAUUCGAUGGUUGUCAUGAAAAGAAAAAAUUGAGAACUGUUUUUAGUCGACUAAAGUCUAAAUUAGGCGGUACGGCACGACUGGACCCAGUGACGCAGGACAGAUUACAAAUUUUCCCAUUUUUAUUCAGAGAUGUUUUCAAAGAAGUUCUUAAUGAUCUCAAAAUAAACUAUACCGUUUGUGAAUUCGAAGCAGAUGACGAUAUUGCCUCGUUAGCAAGACAUAUGAACUGUCCGGUGUUAAGUUAUGAUUCAGAUUUUUUUAUAUACAAUGUUUUAUACAUAUCUUUUAAUACAUUAGAAAUGAAACCAAAACCUAUAGAAGAAAAUGGUGUUAAGUUGUACGCAAUGGAGUGCAAAAUAUACAAGGUGCAAUAUUUAUGUGAACACUUUGGUGGUCUUAAUGAAGAACUUCUACCUUUGCUAGCAACCCUUCUUGGCAAUGACUAUGUGGAGAAAAAAGUUUUUAGAAAAUUCUUUUCUCAACUUAAAUUGCAUAAAAGUAAAAAAAAGAAAAAUGAGCAACAGAGAAGUAUACAUACAUUGUUUAAUUGGCUUCAAAAUGAAACAUUGGAUUCGGCCAUUGAGAAAAUUUUAGGCAGGCUUAAAAAACAUCAAAAGAAUAAAGUUUUUUUAACCAUUAAAAGAAGUGUGGAAGGAUAUCAUAAUGAAAACUGUCAGUCAUUGAAGUAUUUUGAUAUACCUUCGAGUAAUUGUACUCAAAAAUCUUGUCUCAAAAUGCCUAAUGUAGAGGAGAAGGCCGAUAAUUCUGAAGUUGACAGUACAGAUGAAUCUGAGAACACUGAUGAGGAUGAGGAAGGGUCACAGGAAGACGAUGAAGAAGCUGUUAUUGAUGAGAAAUUAGAAUUAAUUCCUCCAUGGUUAGCAGAGAAAAUUCGUCGUGGGCAAAUACCUUAUACCUACUUGAAUCUUUAUGUUCAUCACUUACAUGUUUGUAAUCCACAAGCCGAAGACUUUACAGAGAAAGACUGUUUCCUUUGUACAUUGCCUAUACUGAGAUAUGCAUUUGAUAUUCUAACUGAUUUUUCUCAUGAUGACUGUGUUUAUGUUUGUAGGGAAAAUUAUGGUUACAAAAAAAUAAUUGUUGGUAAAGAGCAUGCAAUACCAAGACCUUUGGAUGUACCGUUUGAAGAAAUAAAUGAUGAACAAUUAAAAUUAUAUUUUCAACAUUUUCUCAAUUUGAAACUUCCCAAUUUAAAUUUGGCAGUAAUUGAGAUGUUACCGUUAAACUUUCAUCUGUUCAUGAUAUCAAUUCUUUACUGGGUCUCCACAUGCAGUGUUCCAGUUGCUCAUGUCCAUUCUUUGAUUAUGUCAUAUAUAACUUUGGAGGUAAUUGAUGAAAAAACUGGUACAGCCCGUGGUAGUUAUCUCUUUAAUAAUAGGAAUGCUAAAAAACUUGAAGAAUUGAGGAAAAUACCAACUUCAAUUGCAAUUUCAGAUGAUGAAUUAUUCCUUAAUAAAAACAAAGUCAAAUAUGAAGACUGUCUUAUCGCUGCCAGCAUUAUUUUGAAGCAUUUUGAAAUUGAUGACAGUAUACGAAAAAGACCUAAAAGUUACGAUAUCAAGAAAAUACAUUCUUUUGCCCAAUUUCAGUGUAUAUUACAUCAAAUUAAUUCUUUGAAUAUAUUAUGUGGUUCGCCAUUUGAAAUGACACGCUAUUCAAAAUGUUACAAUGGUGUAUUGAUCUAUAACAUUGCACUGAAAUUAGAGAAACAGGCAGAUCCUGUGAAGUUUUUACAAGAUUAUAUAAAAGGUGCUACUACUGUAAUAUUAUUUUAUAAAAGUAUAUGUUCUGUAUAUAAACAAUUGUUAGAAGAAAUGAAUUUAUCAAAUGUUCAGUGGUCGAAAAGAAAAAGGAACAGGGGUAAAAAAGAUUUACAAGAAGACCAAUCCUUCUUUAUUAAAGGGUUUGAAGCUGAUGUUAUAAUAUAACAUUUUU